GAAAGCCUCCUCCCUCACAACCUACAUAAAGCAGCAAACCAUUUUCAAUUCCGCUCCUUUGCCUUUAACAUCUUCUGCCUACCCUACUUCCUUCUCCACCAAGCUUUCCAUAUUCCUUCCUCCAAUUUUCUGCUAAUCAAUCAACCAUCUGCAGUUUCCUAGCUCACCAGUUUUUUUUGUGAAUAAUAAGAUAUACAUGUAUGUGAGUAUUGCGCGGAUCUGCUGUUCUUCGGGUUAUUUGUUGCGCAAUUGUUGAUUAAUCUGAGCAGAUUUUAGUUAUGGCGGUAUUGUGUAAAGAGCGGCAUUGAAAGUUGUAUUACCAGUGCUCUAUCGUUCGGUUCCAAUCGAGGAUUUUUGCUCUAGUUUUGAAUUUUUUGUGAUUCAGCUAUUUGUGUGUGAGCGUUAAGCUGUUGCAGAAACUAAAAUGCUUACAUGCAUAGCACGUUCGAAGCAGUCGAGUGACGACUCGUCCUCCAAUGAUCACGAUCGUCCUCCUUUGGAGAAAUCGAACUCAAAUGUCACUCAGACAAAGCAAGCCAUCAAAAGUCUCUCCUCUCAGAUCAAGGAUAUGGCAUUGAAAGCAUCAGGCGCGUACCGCCACUGCGCGCCAUGCGCGACUCAGCCUGAAGCUCAACAACGGAAGAUUGGCGGUUUCGGAAACGGUGAGGCGGAUUCGGCGUCAUUGGACAAAUUCCGGUGGUCGUACAGGCGGACGGGGAGUUCAAGCUCAAACUCGAGCUCCACUGCAGGUAGGAGGGAGUUGGAGGCGAGGCUGAAGGGGAUUUCCAGUGGGGAGGGUACACCGGCGUCGGCGAGCGGUCGGCGAGUUGACCCAGUGGUGUUCGUGGAAGAGAACGAGCCAAAGGAGUGGGUAGCUCAGGUCGAACCCGGUGUCUUAAUUACCUUUUUGUCCCUGCCACGUGGCGGCAAUGACCUUAAGCGGAUCAGAUUCAGCCGAGAAAUGUUCAACAAAUGGCAAGCCCAACGGUGGUGGGCGGAGAACUCCGAAAAGGUAAUGGAGCUCUACAACGUGCAGAGGCUGAGCCGCCAGGCGGUCCCUCUUCCCUCAACACCAAAAUCCGAGGAUGCAAGCAGCUCGAAAAUGGACUCAGCCGAGCACAGCCCCGUGACACCACCCCUAAGCCGGGAACCACCACCGCACACUCUGCAUCGCCCCGGAAAAGGCCCAACCACCACCACCUACUCCUCAUUGGACUCAUUAGACCAUCACUCCAUGCAUUCCUGCGGCGUCGCCUCCACCCCCAAGCUCUCGAGCAUUAGCGGCACUGCCAAAACCGAAACGUCCUCCAUGGAUGCUUCCAUGAGGACAAGCUCCUCCCGAGACGCCGGCGACAUAUCGAUCAGCAAUGCUAGUGACUUGGAAACCGAAUGGGUCGAGCAAGACGAGCCCGGCGUCUAUAUCACUAUCAGGGCCUUGCCUGAAGGCAGAAGGGAACUUAAACGUGUCCGGUUCAGCCGAGAAAAGUUCGGGGAAAUGCAUGCUAGAGUAUGGUGGGAGGAGAACAGAGCAAGAGUACAUAAACAAUACCUGUGAUGGUUUCGAACCAUUUUUCGAACAUUAUAUUGAUGAGGAAGGGCGAGGGGAAGGCACAAGAGAAUUUGUAAGUGAGCAAUUUUGGGUUUUCUCGGAAGAUUAUAUAUAAGUGGUUUCAUAUUGUAACCUUGUUUUGUUACGUGAGUUAUUACUUAAAUUAAAGUUGGUUUUAUUUUAUUCGUGCAGUGUGUCUUUUUUCUAAAAACAUAUGAAUUAUAUACUAUUACAUGUAUAACGGCUUCAAAGCACAAUCACAUACUUUUAUAGCUAGUACCGGAUUUGUGAACUC